CCAUCCCUUCAAUGCCUUCACAAGGGAGACGAAACCAAACAGAGAUCGAAGUCGAAGACGAAGAAUAAGAAGAAAGGUGGUGGAUGCGGGCCGAGCCUCCCUCUCCGCCACCUUUUCUAGGUCUCUCCCUCGAUCCCGCCGCCGCGUCGUGAUAUCUUCCGGCCUCGACGCCGUGGACGGCAUCAACCGUGAUCGGUCAUGGUUAGCUUAAGGAGAAGAAGAUAUUUGGGGCUCUGUUCUGAUGAUAUUGCAGGAAAAAGUUCCUUCCCUGUUGUGCUUCCUAAGCUGAUUGAAAAUGGAAAUGCUGUGGAUAAUUCUAAUCAACAUGUCAAGCCAGUCAGUGUGCAUCCCAUGCCUUCAACUGAGUCAAGCCUUCAAAAGCUGGUAAAAGAACCUAUAUGUCCUGGAUCCUCGAGUACAUUUGGCUUAAGCACGACAAAGGAGGAGCCAAACAAUAAUUUUCCUGGCAAGCGCAGAAAACGACAUAGGAGAAAGCACUAUGAAGAUCAGGAACCAUGCAUUAUGACAGGUGUCUAUUUCAAAAAUAUGAAAUGGCAAGCAGCAAUAAAAGUUGACAAGAAACAAAUUCACUUAGGGACCGUUGGAUCUCAGGAAGAAGCUGCUCGAUUGUAUGACAGAGCAGCUUUUAUGUGUGGGAGAGAACCAAAUUUUGAGCUCUCAGAGGAGGAGAAACAAGAGCUAAGACAGUACAACUGGGAUGAGUUCUUGGAAAAGACGCGCAGUGCAAUCAAUGACAAAAAGCACCAGCGAAAGCUUACUGUAGGGAGGCGAAAGAAGUCAGAGACUCACAUGCCAAAUAGCAACUGGGAACACGAGGGAGGCACCCCUGUUUCAUCCAUGUCAGAUGACGAUGAAGAUGUUGAUGCCAAUACAUGUGUCCUGUAAAUAUUGAGAUCCAAGGAAUCCAAAAUGCAAGCUCUCAUACUUUUAAUAUUGAGGCUAUUUAAUGCGUAUGUAUAUAUAUAGGAUUAUAGCUUAGUUUUAUUUCUUAAUAAUUUUCUUUGCAUAAAGGCCCUUAUUUUUCUUGGCAAGGGAAGUUGCCAAUUUCUGGUCGAUGUAAGGUGCUAUUGUUUACCUUUAAUUAACAUAAACAGCUUCUCGCCUGCUGUUUCCCUCAGAAGUUAAUCUCAAGUUUAUUGACUA